UAAAGAAAUUCUGUGAGUCAGUCAGAUGCAGCACGUGCAGGCCCUCCCUAUCUGCUCGGAGAGGAUUGGGGGGAAUCAUCUCAAUCCCCGACGGUCGCCGUUUAUCCGGACUCCCAGCCCCGGUGUCCCCAUCAUUCGCCCACGUUUUCCGUUUUCGCCAUCCCCAAGAAUCACCAACUCUUCUACUUCCACAUCAUCAUCUUCAUCUUCUUCUGCUUCUUCUCGUAAUGCUUUUUUUUCCGGCAGAGACGGCAACAAUAAUGAUGCCUCCUCAGGCGACGUUGAUGAUGAUGAUGAUUGUCACGACGACCUUUCUGGAGCUGGAGUUAUCGACAUUGAGAUAGAAAAGACAGGAAGCAACUCCCGCAGGAUCCGUUCCAGGAUUGAUAUUGACGCCAGUCUUCAAACAGUUUGGGCAAUUUUGACCAGCUACGAGAGCUUGGCUGACUUUAUCCCUGGCCUCGCUGUCAGCAAAUUGCUUGAAAAGAGACCUAACUUUGCCCGACUUCUCCAGAUUGGACAACAGAAAUUGGCUUUUGGGCUAAACUUCAAUGCCAAAGGAAUUGUUGAUUGCUAUGAGAGAGAACUUGAAUAUCUUCCCUUUGGUCGAAGGCGUGAUAUUGAAUUUCAGAUGAUUGAAGGAGACUUCAAGCUUUUCCAAGGAAAAUGGUCUAUUGAACAGUACAACGCAGAAAGAUUUGAAGACAGUGAUUCCUUGGCAGGACAAAAAUUUCAUUCAACUCUUUCGUAUGUUGUUGAUGUGGAGCCAAAGAUGUGGUUGCCAGUUCAACUUGUUGAAGCUAGGCUUUGCAGAGAGAUAAAAUUGAACCUCGCAAGCGUUCGGGCAGAAGCACAAAAAGUAAAUCUUGAAAAUCCAAAUCUCUAACGGCUUGAAUCACUUCAUGGAUGUUGUCCCUACCUUGUCUGGUAAACACAUGAACAAGACGAGGAAAAAUGUCAUCCUUCUUUUGUGUGAUAUGCACAUUUUUUUUUUAAUUUUCUGGUCUCUCGCUCUCCAAUAUCAACACUCUGUUCCUCUUUCAUCACGUAGUGUCUGUUUCUCUCCUGAUCAUCUGAUGUCGCCGUUUCACUAUUCCCUCCCUUCUUCCUCCUCCUCCUGGCAUAGCAGGCGCAGCCCAUAGCCAUAGCCAACAUUAAUUCUUCUACUAGUCUUCAUGUGAACGAGUCUUCUUGCUGCUGCUGAGCUCUCCGGUCUAAGGACGCCCUCCCGCCAUGUCUUGCUGCUGCGACAGGCAUGGAGGAAUCACCAGCCGCCAUCACCACGUCGUUGAAGAAGAGUAUUAACAAACUGCAGAAUUUGUUGCCCCUCCAGUGUGUGUGUGUGUGUAUAGAUGAGAGAAUUUAAUAUUUUAGGGACAAAAUUAUAAUUGUAACUGUUUGACGAAUGGGAAAAGAAGCUUAUAUAGAAGACAAAAUUGAAGACCAAGUUCCAGAAAAGGAUGGCUCACGACGAAGAAAGUAGAUCUGGAUUUUCUUUCCUAUCCCUCUUGCCAUGUGCAUACAGGGUUUCAUACUUUUGAGAUAAGCCCAGUUGUGAUACUUUUAAUGAUAUUUAUGUAUUAAUGUGUUAUAUAUUUAUAUUGAUGUGAUAUAGAAAACAAUACUUAAAUAUACAACAAGUGUUAUAAGUGAGUGCUUAAAUAGUAAUUUUGUUUG